ACCAAGUGAUGGAUAAAUUGCGACGAGUUUUGAGUGGAGACGAGUCGGUCGGCAGCGGCGGUGAUGUCAAUGAACAGGGAUUCGCCGCUCAGAUAUGGUCGGCCACAUCACUCAAUUGGUCCACUCGUAUACAAGGCUUUGCCGUCUGUUUUGUCUUGGGUUUCAUCUUCUCUAUGUUGGGAAUCGUUUUAAUAGCGUUACCGAAAGGCUUACUAUUAUUCGCCAUGUUUUACACGAUAGGAAAUCUGACAUCGACGGCCAGUACCAUGUUUUUGAUGGGACCCUUACGUCAGAUUAAAAAGAUGUUUAACGAGACACGAGUGUUGGCCACUCUCGGCGUCUUUCUAUUCAUGAUUUUAACCCUUGUAUCGGCCCUUUGGUGGAAGAGAGCCCUUCUGGCCGUUAUCUUCUCUAUUCUUCCGUUCCUGGCCUUCACGUGGUAUGCAUUCAUCUCUUAUAUCGUAUUCACUUUCAUACAUCCCAUUCGCGAGAGAUAUUGUCCGCAAAACCAUCACGUCUUGUGUCUGAAUCUCAUUUAAUGUUUAAAUAUAUGGCUUUUUAAUACAAUUAUUAUAAUAAACAUACAAUCCUUUUGUGUUUUAUUUUUGCGAUACAAUUGAAUAUUUUAUUAAAAACUGUCUACACUAAAUAUUUAAUAUUGAUUGUUAUAGAUAUAAUCAAAAACAAUUUACAAAUUUUAAUUACUAUAUAUUUAUAAUUAAAUU